GUAUGACUAUCAUUACAAUGUAAUGAAGAAACACUAUGGCCCUAGAUUAACUCUUAUGUAUACUGACACAGAUUCAUUAGUAUAUCACAUUCAGACGGAUGAUUUGUAUGUAGACUUAGCGGCUAACAGUAGCUUGUUGGACCGGAUGGACACCGCCAACUUGCCCGGUGACCAUCCGUGUUAUGUGGAUACCAGAAAGAAGGAGCCAGGACUCUUUUCCUACGAGGUGGAUGCUAAUAUUAUUACUGAGUUCUGUGCGUUGAGGGCCAAGUCAUAUGCGUUUAAUGUAUAUGCUGGACCAGAAGACAGAGUAGGAGGAGGAGGAGAGAAAAUUAAAGCGAAGGGUAUCAGGUCUCAUGUGGUUAAAAACCACAUGACAUUGGAAGAUCAUAGAAAGUGUUUGUUUGGGGAAGAAGGAGUAGAGUUAUACAAAGAUAAUGUUUCAAUUAGGUCGUUUAACCACCAACUUGUAACGCUAAAAACUAAGAAAUUGACAUACAACAGCUACGAUGAUAAGAGGGUGGUGCUAGAAGAUAAAUUAAAUACACUAGCCCAUGGUCAUUAUAGUAUAGAGUAAGUUAUUACAAACAUAUAUAUUUAAAUUAUUUUACUAACAUUUUCUCUUAAUUUUAUAGGGAAGAUGAUAUAGGCCAGAACUUGAGGAAGAUGGAGGGAACUGGAACGAGGAAGAGAAAGGAUUAA